GUAGUACCUCUUACGCGCGCCUUGUCAGCGUACGCAUUUUACGUAAUUAGUAGAAACUCCAUGUGAGAGCGGUGUGUAAUUAUUAUUAGUGCUAAUGUGAAGUAAUUAAACCACAAUAAUGUAUUCGAACAAAUUAGUGAAGUGUUAGUUAUGUUAAAUUUUAUCAGGCAGCUCGAUAUGCUAGAAGAAAAUCAAACGCGGUACCGUAGUGAUUACGCGAAUUUCGGGAGAAAACCAAAAUAUUGUCAGCCCAGUUUAAAUAUACGCCCACGUAGUUUGUUGUGCGCUGUUAAUUGCGAUGACACAUACGCGAAAAGCAGCGUUCAUAACCACAGCAAUACUUGGAAAUUUCUACGGCUCAGGCCAAAAUCAUUCAGUGAUGUAUCACCUACAACCCCCGUGAACUCCGGCUCACCAGUGCGGUGUUCCCAAGCACGGCAGAACAUGGAAAGUCCGAAGAAGUCACCUCAAGGUAGUCCCGCAUCUGCAGAUAAGGCUACGUUAAAGGUACACCUCCCAAAUGGUGGCUUUAACUUAGUCAAAUAUGGAGAUGCUAUCGAUGUAAAAGGAAUAAUCUCAUUAGUUACGGAGCGGUUGUCUACUGGAGAGAGAUACUACAAAAACAUGUACGCAAUGAGGCUAUACCAUAUAACAACUAGAGAAAUUCAUUGGUUACAUCAAGACACUACCAUGUAUCAAGUACAAGAAAAGUAUUUUAAAAAAUAUCCCGCAAGUGAAUGGAGGUAUGAGUUGCGAAUUCGUUACCUUCCCAACGAUCUUGGGGAUGUAUAUGAUAAGGAUAAGGUUACUUUUUUCUUUUAUUACGAUCAGGUGAGAAACGAUUACCUCAAUUCCAAUCAUAUCAACGUGGAUCAAGAAGCAGCUGUUCAAUUGUGUUGUUUAGAAAUAAGAUAUUUUUUUAAAGACAUGCCUCACGUUGCGUUAGAUAAAAAAUCAAAUUUUGAAUAUUUGGAACGCGAAGUGGGGAUGCAUAAAUUUUUACCGAAAACAGUUUUAGAAACAAUGAAACCAAAAACAUUACGCAAAAGUAUUCAGACACUGUUUAAGAAAUUUAGUCAACUGAGUGAAGUGGAGUGUAUGUUUAAGUUUUUCGAUAUUUUAAAAAUGUAUUACAACUUCGAUCAGGAGAGAUUUCGCGUAGAUUUAGGCAGCAGCUGGGCUGUGUCGGUUGAAUUAGUUAUUGGACCAGACCUAGGCAUUUCGCAUACAGCCGUCCAAGGUUCGAAGACCUCAAAGAUUGCAGACUUUGAACAAAUUCAAGCCAUAAAUAUGCUAGUCAGUGAUUGUGAUGAACAUAAUAAAGCGACGCUACAACUUCGAGUGGCAGGUGCACAAGAGAUAUUAUUUAUUAUUUGUCCAAAUUUUGAUAUUGCUGAAAGCUUAGCGGAUUUAAUAGAUGGUUACUGUAGGCUACAUUCGAAAAGGCAGAAUUCCAUUUGGAAUAGGAAAGCUACUGUUUGGAAACAAUUUCCAUGCCCAUGUAAAGAUGCCCAUCCAACAAAACUCAAGUCAGCAAAGAAAAACAACUUCGAUAAUAACCAUGGCACAAUGCUUUCGGAGGAUUAUGCAGAAAUUGUUGACGAAGAAGGUGAUUAUUCUACUCCUACAACAAAAAAUUACGAAUUAAUUAGGAAACAAAUAGAGUUAGGCGAUAUAUUAGGGGAAGGUCAGUUUGGCGAUGUACAUAAAGGUACUUACAAGGCGAAAGAUGACGCUUUAGUUCCUGUGGCUGUGAAAACCUGUAAGGGUGAUGCUGAUUUACCUACUACGGAAAAAUUCCUAGAAGAAGCAUAUAUUAUGCAAAAGUUUGAUCAUCAACAUAUAAUUAAAUUAAUUGGAAUAUGCUCAGACUCGCCCGUAUGGAUUGUGAUGGAAUUAGCAAAAUUUGGAGAACUUCGAGCAUAUCUUCAGAAUAACAAAAAUCGACUAGAUCUUGCUUCUCUUAUACUAUAUGCAUUCCAAUUAUCUACCGCUCUAAGUUAUUUAGAAUGUAAGAAAUUUGUACAUAGAGACAUUGCAGCUAGAAACGUUUUGGUCAGUUCUCAUAAUUGUGUUAAGCUUGCCGAUUUUGGGUUAUCACGCUGGAUGGGAGAGGAUCAAAGCUAUUACAAAGCAUCUAAAGGCAAAUUGCCCAUUAAAUGGAUGAGUCCUGAAAGUAUUAAUUUUAGAAGAUUUACUACCGCUAGUGACGUUUGGAUGUUUGGUGUCUGCAUGUGGGAAAUUCUUAUGUUGGGCGUAAAACCAUUCCAAGGGAUCAAAAAUAAUGAUGUGAUAGGGAAAAUUGAAAAUGGCGAGCGUUUGGCGUUACCCGCCGGCUGUCCUCCAAGAUUGUAUUCCCUGAUGUCGCAGUGUUGGUCCUACGAACCUAGCAAAAGGCCGAGCUUUAAAGAAAUUAAGGAAAUUCUCAAUGAAAUUCUUCUCGACGAGCGUUCUGCUGUACAAGAGACAAUGAGGCGGGAAAAUCGAAGAGUGGCAGCUAUGUCAUGGGGAUCAAGCGACGAUUUACCUCCCCCUCCAAAACCUGCAAGAUUCCCAUUGCAAGGGGUGGAUUGUACAUCUUUGGCUUCACUCAAUAGUGCCAGCCCACCAUCUGCUUUACCGCAAACCUAUAUCGUCGCACAAAAUCCAGAAGUAUUAGCCCAUUUAAUGAAGGAAAACGAGUCAAGAGGAAUUUGCCCGUCGGCCUACACAACUCCAGCUUCGGUAUUUAAUACUAUAUCUGUAGAAUUUGAAAAUCCGGAAGGUGAACAACCUACCUUAAAAACGUGUCCUAUGGCUGUACAAAAACUGCAUAAGCUAGAUCCCGCCGUCUCCGAUGUAAAACAAACUUUUGAUCAAAACCAAAUUAAGCAAAAAUCUUUGGAGCGCACUCCGAGAAGCAGUAACACAAACACGCCUCAAACGGGCUCAUUAGAAAGAAAUGUGCACAUGGAACACAGUUCGCCAAAGAUGAAUUCGUUAGAAAAAAACACGCAUAUCAUGAGUAGCUCUCGUGGUAGUCUCGAUAAAGUAGGACCCUUUAGUCCAAAAACUGGAUCGCUCGAACGUAAAUCUCUUACUAAUUCGCCAAAAUUUGAUUCCUUAGAAAGAUCCAUCUAUAUACCAAAUCAGUCCGGCACAUUUUCGCCUAAACUUGGUUCUUUGGAACGAAAUUCUCAUAUAUUGCAUCCUUCAGUUUCCUAUGACCUCGGAAAUAUCCCGGCGUACCAUCCCCAACCGACAGUUUAUCAGUUUUCUGUCAAUCCAUUAACAAAGGAGAUGCAACAAAACGAAGAAAAUAUCUAUGAUUUUGGUGGUGCCGACGUUAAAAGUUGUGCUCAUAAACAACCUUACUAUUGUCAUAAGUUACCGUCUGCGGCGAGUGAUAAAGCACAAGAAAUUAAAGUGCAGCCAACAUCAUCCCAACAUUCGAUCUAUGGGGAUCAGUUACUGCAAAAUUCGCUUGUCCAAAAUGAUUUGACGUCUGAGUAUAAUCGGCACAUGUUGGAGCAAAAGUUAAAGCAGCAACAAAUUGAAUCUGAAGAGGACUCUAAAUGGUUAAUUGAAUCUGAAUCAAGUUUGAAAAAACGAUUGAGCAUAAUGAGUUCGUCAGAUGGAGACACACUUCGUGACUGCUCACAGUCCAUUACAUCUCUUCCAUCAAGUCCAUUGUCUUCUUCUUACUCCACCUCUACCCAUUACCAGUUGUCAUCUAGUAUUGCAAGUAUGUCAGUGAGCGGAAAUGGGUUGCAAAGCGGACCGGAAUCGCAAUGCAGUAGCAAAAGUCAUUCCCCGGCAGGAUCAGUUACUAGCACUUUGACUCUGGCUGAAAGAACAGAUAGUACGGGUACACCAAGCAAAGGUUUUGAAUCUGUGGAAUCCGAAAUAGACAUGAAAGGAAAGAAAAUGGAACCAACACCAACAGCCGAUUUAGACCGAAGUAAUGAUAAAGUGUAUGAUUGCACUACACAAGUUGUAAGAGCAGUAAUGACACUGUCACAAGGUGUGCAACAAUCUCACGCCGAACAAUAUUUAGAAUUGGUUAGGAAUGUUGGCUUGGAAUUACGGUCACUUCUUGCCAGUGUUGACGCGAUCAUGCCUAUGUUUCCCUCUUCGGCACAUCGAGAAGUCGAGAUGGCACAUAAAGUUCUGUCAAAAGAUAUGACGGAACUUGUAACAUCCAUGAAACUGGCACAACAGUAUAGCAAUACAACAUUAGAUACAGAGUACAGAAAAGGAAUGCUGGGAGCAGCUCACGUAUUAGCUAUGGAUUCAAAGAAUUUAUUAGACGUCAUUGAUGCUAUUCGUAUUCGUUUUCCUCAAGUGGAUCACGAUUUUUGUGGUCAGUCUAAUGAAGCGGUAUCCAAUAACGAUAUAGUUUAUUCGUCAAACUUAAGCUUAUUACCCCCUCCAGCACCUUGCACUUUCGUACAAAGUCCCACAUACACUCAAAAAGUGCAUGCUAGUUCUAGUACAAGUGGAUCAAAUGUUACCACUAGUCAAAAUGCAGAUAGUUAGUUUAAUUAUUUAUAAUAUUUAGUGCAAAUAUCAAAAUUUUGUACAAUAGCUUGAAAAGUUACAAAGAUGUGAUGAAAAUGAUUGCAGCUGGAGAUUGAAAUCGUAGCAAAAGAAGUGGUCAUCAGUAUUUUAUUAUGAAUUUAAAAGUUGUUUUUUAACAUGUAAGGUUAAGUAUAGCGAUAUCGAUAUUAUACAAUUUGAUUACUUUUACAACUUUGAUAAUGUGUAAAUAGUAUUGAACCAAAGGUUAAAGCCACACAUUUUAUUUUAAAGACUGUUUUUAUAGUUUUUAUUGUCUUGUCUAAAUAUGAGCGUGUAUAAACCGUUAAUGAAAAGGUUUUUGAGUGUUGAAACAAAGUAUUGUGUAGUUGGUCUCCAAAUAACCAUAUCUGUAUAUUUUCGUUCUCCAUACAAAAUAUCAUGGCAGCCAGUUUUAUUUAAGUUUUGUUAUAUGUUAUAAGUAUGUACAUGACUGUACUGUGUGCAUUUACUCUUUUAUGCUUUUUAUGAAUAAAACAGUUUCCAAUAUA